AUGGGGGUGUCCUCCCUGCUUCUCUGCAAAGGGCGCAAUCCCUGGCAGGGGCUCCUGCUCUCGGCCUUGCUUUUAAUCUGUUGUCAUUCACCCACCAAUGCCGAAGUCACCAUUGAAUCAGUGCCACUCAAUGUGUUCGAAGGAGACAAUGUCCUUCUCCAAGUCCGAAAUCUGCCAGAGAAUCUUCUAGCCUUUGUUUGGUUCAAAGGGGUGACAAAUAUGAAACGAGGAAUUGCACUUUAUGAAUUGAACACCAACUUAAGAGUGCCGGGGCCCUUACACAGUGGUAGAGAGACAUUGUACCGAAAUGGAUCCCUGUGGAUUUCCAAUGUCACCCACGAGGACACAGGACUCUACAGCCUACGAACCAUAAAUAAAAAUGGAAGAACUGUAUCCAUAACCACCAUCCACCUCCAUGUGUACAUCUCUCCUGUCUUCUGUGGGGGCCCUCCCACCUCUGCCCAGCUCACUAUUGAAUCAGUGCCACCCAGUGUUGCUGAAGGGGGGAGCGUUCUUCUACUCGUUCACAAUCUCCCAGAGAACCUUAGAGCCCUGUUCUGGCACAGGGGUGUGAUUGUGUUAAACAAUCUGGAAGUUGCCAGGCACAUAGUAGCCAAGAAUUCAAGUGUGCCAGGCCCUGCCCACAGUGGUCGAGAGACUCUGUACAGCAAUGGAUCCCUGCUGCUCCACAAUGUCACCUGGAAAGACACCGGAUUCUACACCCUGCGAACUCUGAGUAGAGACCUGAAAGUAGAAUUAGCACACGUGCAACUCCAUGUGGACAGUAAGUGAUUGUCUGUGAUCAUUCUCUGCUGGGUGAGACUUAGACACGCGGGACUUUCAGUGGCCCCCGUGUGAUCACGGCAUGCUGCUGAAGGGCAAAGAGUUCUUCUCCUCGUUCACAAUCUGCCAGACGAUUGGAGAACCUUUUCCUGGUACAAAGGAGUGUAUGACAUCCAGAUCUUUAGAAUUGCAGAAUACAGCCGGGCCACGAAUUCCAUCACCCGGGGGCAUGCCCGCAGUGGAAGAGAGACAUUGUACCCCAACGGAUCCCUCCUGCUUAGGAAUGUCACCGAGACAGACUCGGGCCUGUACACAUUUCAAGUUUUAAAGAAAGAUUUGAAAAUUGAAACGGCACAUGUGCAAAUCCACGUGUACAGUAAGUGA